AUGGACGAAGACGAUCGAGAAUAUGGCAGCUCCGACAACGAGCAGGACGAGCUCAUGGAGGACGCUGAUGACAACGAGAACGACACAUACGGCGAAGACUUUAACGAAGACGACGACGAAGAACAGGAAGAGCAAGACGAGCCCGAGCGAGAUCCAGAGCCCGAACCUGAAGCAGAGGAUGAAUCCCAAGCACAAAACGCCCACGACCCAAAUGCACCCGACCAAACCACGUCCCAAACAGCUAGACGCGUCUCCGCGACACCCUCAGGCUCAGGAUCAGGGGUAAAAUGGCGACCGACGAUACGACCAGAGUACAUUACAGCUUCCACUUACGACAUCGUUCCUACCAUGGCUGCUCCACAAGCCACCAGCAUCAACGCCGUAGCCGUCACGCCCGACAUGCGCUACUGGUUGACGGGCGGAUCCGACGGCUAUAUCCGAAAGUUUGACGGUAUCGGCACCAUUAACGGCAAGCAGCAGCUCACAGUUGCCCAGAAACACCCAUUCGUCGACAGUGUUGUCAAGUCCGGGGUGCUCAUGAGCUAUUGGGACAACCAGGAGUGGACAGGCCAGAACACCAGAGAUGACGACAGGAUCCUGUCACCGGUAUACAGCUUGGCAGUUCACCGUCAGGCCUUAUGGGCGCUGAGUGGCCUAGAAAGUGGUGGCAUCAACCUACAGAGCGUGAGGCACGACGAGGGAAAGAGGAUACACUGUCUACGGACCAAUGGCCACACCAAUGCCGUUAGCGUGUUACAACUGGCCCCUGACGAAAAGAGCGUGCUGAGCGGAAGUUGGGACAAGACAGUGCUGGACUGGGACCUCAACGACGGGUCGGUUAUACGGCGGUUUGAGGGCAGUGGUGGGCAGAUAGCAGCUAUCGAGCUACGACCGACUUCGGGUGCCCCGAUUCCAGCCGUGGCCAGCGAUCCCGAGAUCAUAACAGACACCUUCGAGAGUAACGAUUUAAAGCCAGUCAUGAAUGGCUUUUUCUCGAACGGCGCAAAUGGAGACAUGGACACGACAGGACAAUCCAACGCGAACGACGGCGCCGCGAAUGAUGUCCCGUCCCCAGAACACGAGUCUCUGUUCGGUAGUCCCGCAGGGUCACUCUUCGGGGAUAACGAAACAAUAGGCGGUGGGAAUGCCUUUGGGGAUGAUGAAGACGACAACGAGUUUUCCAGAGCUAUGGGCAUGGAACUCAAGGAGGAACAGAAUAACCAAGGGCAGCACACCGACGACUUCCCCAUGGGCGAUGCCGAACCCCUAACGGACACCAACGACGCUGCCCACGGACCCGGGCCUGAUGCCAACGGGCCCGCCGAGAACGGGGCCAUGAACAUGGACAUAUCUAAUGGAGACUCCAGCCACACAAUGUCAGACUCCGGACACCAAGCAGCCGCAAUAUCCGAGCAACAAACCCAAACACAACAACCACAACAAGACCAGAAUCCCGUCCCCCCAACCGACCACGAACCCAUCCCCUUUGAGCCCAUCGCCCCCGCCUCUCCGAGUAUCGUCUUCAACACAGCCCCCCCUCCCGCUGCUCAAAACGACGACACCCAAACAUCCCCCAACAUCUUCAUGGCCGCCUCCAUCGACGGCACCAUCCGAAUCUGGGACCGCCGCGUCCCCGACCCCGUCGCCCGCAUCGGCAACCGCCGCGGCGUCCCACCCUGGUGCAUGGGCGCCUGCUGGUCCGUCGACGGCAACUGGAUCUACGCCGGCCGGCGCAACGGCACCGUCGAAGAAUUCAGCAUCCACAAGGCGCGGGGCGGGUGGCAACCCGAGCGAACCUUCAAGUUCCCCAACGGCAGUGGAGCAGUCAGCUGCGUGCGACCCAUGGCUAACGGGCGACACAUUAUUUGCGCGUCGCACGACAUUUUGCGCUUGUGGGACCUGCAGGGUGAGACGCAAGCGACGAAGCACUCCAAGGUUCCCUUCGUGGUUGUGCCGGGCCCUCCGAAAGCGGGCGUCAUCUCGUCCUUGUAUAUCGAUCCCACGAGCAGGAUCAUGAUUUCGGCGGCGGGCACGAGGGGCUGGGAUGGUACGAGCACGGAGGUGUUGAUCGGGUACGAGAUUUCGCCGGUGAAGUAG